UUUGGUAUGCUUUAAGAAAGCGGAAUGAGGCCUGUAUAUCUCGGGAUACCUACUGAUGACGAGUGUCGGUCGACGCAAUACGGUUGACAACAGUGAACCGAGCAAACUGCAUAAGACUUAUCGAUAAAGAGCUGGGGGUUGAGACCCACCAUCACAAACUCCCAAAGCUUGGAGGGGGCCCGCGUCGAAGUAACCUGGAAGCUGCCCCGCACACCUGCUUGAAACACCAAGCUCCGUUGCCGACACGACACCACAACUCUGCUGCCGAAGUUCCAGAAAGGAGAGACUUGAACCUUUUAUGCAUCUCGAAUCUUCGCACAUUGGUUUCCGCGUCCCAGAUAUUGCCCCAACAUGUCGACCGAAUCGAAAGAGGUCGGCCCGACCAAGGAGCAGGAGAAGGCUGCUGAAGCUCUCGUCAACCUAAGCUCUGCCAAGGGCACCACAGCCGAGUCGGAAGGGGAGUCGGGGUCCGAAGCGGAGGAAACACCACAAGCAGGCGCAAACACAGAAGCUCCCGCAAAGAAGAAGAAGAAGAGCAAGAAGAAGAAGGCCAAACAAGCUCUUGCUCAAGCCCUCGGCGGAGGCCCUCCCAAAGAGCUGACUGCCGCCGAUGUCGAGGCCGACCCCAAGAAGGCCAUCGCGGGCCUCUCGAACGACCAGAUCGCUGAAUUCCUCACCCUCAAUCCUGCCUUGCGGAAUGAACUUCUCGGCGCACAGGAUGCCCCGGGCUCGUCGGACAACACGGCCAAAGCCAUCGAAGCCUUCAAGAAGCUCAAGUUACAGGAUAUCAUGACCGGGUUGGCAACGAGUGGCAAGAACCGCAAGGAUAUGGCUUCGUACAAGUUUUGGAGCACACAACCAGUACCUCAGUUCGAUGAGGAGCCCAAGCUCAUCGAGGAGGGUCCCGUCAGAGUCCAAAAAGUGGAGGACAUUCCAACCGAACCCAUUGAACUUGCGCUUCCACAGUUCCGCUGGGUCACGAUGGAUCUCACGGACGAGAGGCAGUUGGAAGAGGUAGAGAAGCUUCUGUAUGGUCACUACGUGGAGGAUGACGAGGCCAUGUUUAGGUUCAAGUACUCUGGCUCUCUGCUGAGGUGGUCUUUGCUGUCUCCGGGAUGGCGCAAGGAAUGGCACGUUGGGAUUCGCACUGGCGAUACCCUUUGCGCUUUCAUUUCUGCCAUUCCAACCCAGAUGCGGGUACGGGACAAGAUUCUUCAAAGCUCCGAGGUCAACUUCCUCUGUAUUCACAAGAAGCUCAGAGGGAAGCGCCUUGCGCCAGUGCUCAUCAAGGAGAUUACACGGCGCAUCAACCUUGAUGGCAUCUGGCAGGCCAUUUACACGGGGGGUAUUGUCCUCCCUCGGCCAGUUAGUACCUGCCGAUACUACCACCGCGCCUUGAACUGGAUGAAGCUGUAUGAGGUUGGCUUCAGCCCAUGCCCAACCAACAGCACCCCCAAGUUGCAAGAUAUUAGGUUCAGGGUCCCCGAGAACACGUCGACUCGCGGGCUCCGUGAGAUGGAAGCCAGGGAUCUCAACGCGGUGCAGGUUCUGGUCGAGGCGUACCUGAAGCGCUUUGAUCUGACUCCAGUGUGGUCCAAGGAAGAGGUGUCGCAUUGGCUGUUGCAUAACAAAGAGGCGCCUGGUGAGCGUGUGAUUUGGUCAUAUGUUGUUGAGGGCGACGACGGCAAAAUCACCGACUUCUUCUCCUUCUACUGCCUCGAGUCGUCGGUCAUCCGGUCCAAGAAGCACUCUGCCAUUCGCGCCGCCUACCUCUUCUACUACGCCUCGGAUGUUGCUCUCAAGAGCCCUGACGACCGCCCGGCCCUCAAGGCUCGUCUUAAUGCUCUCAUGGCUGAUAUGCUCAUUCUUGCCAAGAAGGCCAAGUUUGACGUGUUCAAUGCGCUGUCGCUGAUGGAUAACUCGCUGUUCUUGGAGCAGCAAAAGUUCCACCCCGGUGAUGGGCAGCUUCACUACUAUCUGUUCAACUACAAGGCCAACCCUGUCCACGGUGGUGUCAACAAGAGGAAUUUGCUGGAGGAGAACACGACCCUCGACCCCCAACUCGGAAUCCCCACCGUGGCCGAAACGCUCGCCCAUCCGGCCUUUCCGACAGCCAUCUGGAACCUGGAGCCGGACCGCAAGGGGUUGUGUCCCGUGGCGGAGGGGAGGGGAGGGCCGUUUGGGAUCAACUGGGAGGUUCACGGGGAUGGGCCCAUCAAGCUAGUCUUCAUCAUGGGCCUCGGCGGGCUUUUGACUGGCUGGCAGAGGCAGACGUAUCACUUUGGGCAUUUGAAUCGGGAGAGGUACUCGGUGCUGGUGUUUGACAACCGGGGGAUGGGGGGGAGUGGGAAGCCUCUGAUGAGGUACUCUAGCAGGGAGAUGGCGAGGGAUGUUUAUGACCUCGUCACGUCGGAAGAGGUCGGGUUCCUGAAGACGGGAGAGGAGAAGAGGUGUCUGCAUGUUGUGGGAAUUUCGCUCGGGGGGAUGAUUGCGCAGGAGUUUGCGUGUUUAUACCCCGGGACCAUCUCGAGUUUGGGGCUGUGCUGCACGGCGACGGAGAUUAAGAAUUAUGAGUUGACUUGGUUGGAGAAUAUCAAGUCGAGGUUGGGGAUGUUGAUGCCCAAGAGUCCGGAUGAGAGUGUGGCUGGGGUGGCGAGGCAGAUUUUUGCGCAUGGGUGGCUGCCGUUGCCAGAUGAUGCGGAGGUGCCUGUUGCUGGGAGAGAUCCGAAAGUUUUGCCGCCUGCGGGGACGGAUUUGAAGGAGUAUGGGAGGUUUGAGAGUAAUGCGCAGAGGUUUGUUGCGCAGGAGAUGCACAAGAGGAUGGAUAAGGAGCGGUUUGGGUUGAAGGGGUUUUUGUUGCAGUUGAUUGCUGCUGGGUGGCAUUACAAGAGUGAGAAGCAACUGCAGGAGAUGGCUGAUCAGGUGGGGAGGGAGAGGAUUUUGGUCAUGCAUGGGACGGAGGAUGGGAUGAUUAGCUCGCCGCAUGGGGAGGUGUUGAUGGAGUGGCUGAAGCCGGGGAAGGGGUUGAUGGUGGAGGGGAUGGGACAUGCGCCGAGUAUGGAGAGGACGAAGUGGUUUAAUGAGUUGAUUGGGGAGUGGUGUGAGAUGGGGGAGAGGUUGGAUGGGAGGGGGUAG